UCAAACUACACUUCCUGCUUUUGCUGGUAGAAGUGUGUAUGAAUCGUUGUGUGUGUGUAUGCAUCGUUGUGUAUGAAACUGUAAUAUAAUUGUAUUUCAAAAUGAAUACAGUGUUGUCGAGGGCAAAUUCCCUCUUCGCCUUCUCGCUCAGCGUGAUGGCAGCUUUGACGUUUGGCUGUUUUAUCACGACAGCGUUCAAAGACAGGAGGGUGCCGGUGGAUAUCCGCGUCUCGAGAGUAAUGCUGAAAAACGUGGAUGACUUCACAGGACCCAGGGAAAGAAGUGACCUGGGGUUCAUCACCUUUGACCUCUCUGCUGACAUAAAGCCCAUAUUUGACUGGAACGUCAAGCAGCUCUUCCUCUACUUGUCUGCCGAGUACGCCACCAAGAGCAACGCCCUGAACCAGGUGGUUCUGUGGGAUAAGAUCGUGCUAAGGGGAGAGAGCACCAAGCUCAACCUCCGAGACAUGAAGUCCAAGUACUUCUUCUUCGAUGACGGAAACGGUCUUCGGGCGAACAAAAACAUCACCCUGACUCUGUCCUGGAACGUGGUGCCCAACGCUGGGAUCCUGCCCCUGGUCAUGGGCUCUGGCCACAUGUCUGUCCCCUUCCCCGAAUCAUACGAGACCACCAAGAGCUACUAAACUGUUCCACCAUUUGUGUUUGUUGUGUCAUCUUUUAUGACUUUUAAUAAAAGUGUACAUUUGGGAACGGUUCAA